AUAUUGGACCAAAGAUAGAGACUUAUGAGAGGGAUGUGUCUUUGAAUCUCACUCUAUUAUUCUUUCUUUUCUUACUCUCACCUCCCCCUCUUCCUCUUUGAAAAAAGAAAAAGUAAGUGUCCAUUAUAUUUACACUUCUCUUUUUUCAUUAUUCAUCAAAUUAAGCUAAUAGAAAUGGAGUUUGGGUUGAUGAUGAUGUGGACAAUUAUAUGUAUGAUUUUUGGGUUGAAAUGGUUACUAUCAAGUGUAAAUAUUUGGUAUUAUGAAAAAAUAAAGUUGGGUGGUGACAAGAAGGUGGUAAGGUUAUCAUUGCCACCAGGUGAUUUUGGGUGGCCGUUCAUUGGUACUAUGUGGUCCUUCCUUAGAGCUUUCAAGUCUAGUAAUCCUGAUUCAUUCAUAUCUUCCUUUAUUUCCAGAUUCGGACGUACAGGAAUGUACAAGACAUUGAUGUUUGGUAGUCCAAGUGUGAUUGUUACAACACCAGAAGCUUGCAGGAAAGUGUUAACUGAUGAUGAAGCCUUCAAGCCUGGCUGGCCUACUUCUACUAUGGAACUAAUUGGUAAAAAAUCAUUUAUUGGUAUUUCAUAUGAAGAACACAAAUGGUUAAGGAAAGUAACUGCAGCACCUGUGAAUGGUCACGAGGCGUUGUCGAUGUACAUUAAGUAUAUUGAAGAAAAUGUUGUAUCAGCAUUAGAGAAAUGGGCAUCCAUGGGGAAAAUUGAGUUCCUAACACAGUUGAGAAAGCUAACUUUUCGAAUUAUUAUGUAUAUUUUUCUUAGUUCUGAAAGUGAACAAGUCAUGGAUGCCUUUGAAAAGGAAUACACAACUUUGAAUUACGGUGUUAGAGCUAUGGCUAUCAACUUGCCAGGAUUUGCUUAUUAUAAAGCACUUCAGGCGCGUAAAAAGCUCGUGGCGAUCUUCCAAUCAAUCGUGGAUGAUAGGAGGGCGAAGAGGGAAAAAAGAGGACCAGAAGUUAAGAAAGACAUGAUGGAUAUUCUACUAGAAGUUGAAGAUGAGAAUGGAAGAAAAUUGAAUGAUGAGGAAAUUAUUGAUGUUUUGGUAAUGUAUCUUAAUGCUGGCCAUGAAUCUUCUGGUCAUAUAACCAUGUGGGCUACCUAUUUUCUGCAGAAACAUCCUGAAGUCUUCAAGAGAGCUAAGAUAGAGCAAGAAGUUAUUGUGAAAAAUAGGCCAUCUGACCAAAUAGGUUUGACCCUCAAAGAAAUUAGGCAAAUGGACUACCUCUCAAAGGUGAUUGAUGAAACGCUUCGAGUGGUUACCUUCUCCUUUGUAGUCUUCCGGGAAGCGAAAGAAGAUGUUAUUGUUCAAGGUUAUACUAUACCUAAAGGAUGGAAAGUUUUGCUGUGGUUUAGGUCUGUUCAUUUAGAUCCUGAUAUCUAUAAUGAUCCACUGGAGUUUAAUCCUUCUAGAUGGGAUGGACUUACACCUAAGGCUGGAUCAUUCCUUCCUUUUGGAGGAGGAAGCAGAUUGUGCCCAGGAAAUGACCUUGCCAAGCUUGAAAUAUCUAUUUUUCUCCAUUAUUUUCUUCUUGAUUAUGAGCUUGAAAGGGAUAAUCCUUCUUGCCCGUUGCUGUAUUUGCCUCAUUGUAGGCCCAAAGACAACUGUUUGGGAAAAGUAAGAAAAGUCUCAGCAACUACUACUACUAAUGCAUAGAGCCCAAAAAGAACAAGAAAACCAUAGCUCUCUUUCUCUUUCAUUUAUAUUAUUGCUGAAUAUGGAAAUUGCAAGAGCAAGACGUAUGCUUGGAAUAGUUAGGAACAAAAUAAAACAGCAAUGCGAAAAAAUUCAAUCAUUUUUUAUUUUCCUUCGCAUUUCUUGCUCAAUAGAAUUUUAUCAUACAUUUUAGCAGGAAGAUCAUAUAGGUAGUGUACAUGAUCUUCCAUUUUUAUUAAGACUUACCGAAUGCAAAAAAAGAGUUGGUUACAUUUGUUGCACGAAAAA